GUAUAUAAGAUUCUUCAUGAUCUAGCCCCAGUACAACACUCUUUUCACCGUAUAUUCUUUUGACUUAAGUCAAAAGAAUUUUGACUUAAGUCCACCCAAUAUUCUUUUCACCGUAUCCCUUCCAUCUGGCCAGGCUGAGUCCUGGCAGCCACGAUCCCCUAUGGAUCAUGCUGGUUGAGAUCUCCUGGGUUGCUCAUGUUAUUCCUGCUCCUACAGAUAUCUCCAUCUUCUUGUCUACUUAAAGAAAACCUACUCAUCUGUGUGCAAUCACCAUAAAGACUAUCUCUCUUCUGCAGCCUUUCCUGCAAUUCCCAUACCUCUGGCACUGACAAUCACCUUUUAAAAAUACCCCACCUAUAUUUCUCCUAGUCUCUACAGUAUUUUGAUUACACUUAACUAAUUACAUGACUUCUCUUUUAGUCUUCUUCUCUAGUCUCUUGAGGCCAUGGACCAUAUCCUAUUAUUCUGAAUCCCAAAUGCCUAAUACUGUGCUUGGUAUAUGGUUAAGGUGAUCAUAUGACUUGGUUUGUGCCUGUUGACCCGGCUUAAUAAUUAGACCCUCUUUACUCCAAAAGUAUCUUGGUUUGGCAGAUAAGUUAUAUUUGGUCAUUCUCCACAUAGUACAUGCCUGGCAAUGAAUGAAUAAUGAGUGAGCACCAGAAUCUGAGCACUUAUUACCAUACAAUAUAUACAUAUGUAGUAAUACUUUUUUUAAAAAGUUGUUUAUGACGAUGUGCUGCUUUUUUUCUUAGCUUCAUUAGAACUGGCCAGCUCCUCUUUCUCACUUGCCAAGUAUGGGGAGUUGGUUUGGAGUCGGUGUCUCAUCUUUUCCAGUUAUAGUGUGAAAGUAGCCCACCAGCCCACGCUGUUAUUCCUAAAGACCGCAUUGACUUCACGGACUUAAGUUAUCAUUGCUUCCAGUUUCCUUGGGCAAGCAGCACGCAAUUUUGGACGCGCUGCGUGGUUUCAGAGUCGGCUGUAACUUGUCUCACUUUGUAAUCAUCAGGAAAAGUUCCUGAUGCCAGUCUUCCAAACGCUCAAUGAAAUUAAUAAAAAACAGCACCGCAGCAGAGGCUGAGAUGCAACGACAAAAGUUGUCGUAAUUAUUAAUAAUACCUAACCCUGGAUUACUCCCCUGAAAGAUCUGUAUCUUUGCAGCAGGCGCAAUUCAGUUUGGUUUCACCCAAAACAAAAAUGGUCUCCGUCGGAGUCCAUUUCCUGUGCGGACCAAUCAGAAUAUCGAAUACAGGGCACGGGGCCCGCACUUCCGCCCGGUCUUCCUGGUCUCUCUAAUCGCGCCAGUGCGCCUCCGACUCGGAACGACUUCCGCGGCAGGGGCGGCGAGGGCCGGGGGCGGCGGGCGGGAUGAGUGCGGUGUGCGGCGGACCGGCGCGGACGCUGCGGGUGCCGGGACGCCACGGCUACGCCGCCGAGUUCUCCCCGUACCUGCCGGGCCGCCUGGCCUGCGCCACCGCGCAGCACUACGGCAUCGCGGGCUGUGGAACCCUACUAAUACUGGAUCCAGAUGAAUCUGGGCUAAGGCUUUUUAGAAGCUUUGACUGGAAUGAUGGUUUGUUUGAUGUGACCUGGAGUGAGAACAAUGAACACGUCCUCAUCACCUGUAGUGGUGAUGGCUCGCUGCAGCUCUGGGACACUGCCAAAGCUGCGGGGCCACUGCAGGUCUAUAAAGAACACACUCAGGAGGUGUAUAGUGUUGAUUGGAGCCAAACCAGAGGUGAACAGCUUGUGGUGUCUGGCUCAUGGGAUCAAACUGUCAAAUUGUGGGAUCCAACUGUUGGAAAGUCUCUGUGCACCUUUAGAGGCCAUGAAAGUAUUAUUUAUAGCACAAUCUGGUCUCCCCACAUCCCUGGUUGUUUUGCUUCAGCCUCAGGUGAUCAGACUCUGAGAAUAUGGGAUGUGAAGGCAGCAGGAGUCAGAAUCGUGAUUCCCGCACAUCAGGCAGAAAUCUUGAGUUGCGACUGGUGUAAAUACAGUGAGAAUUUGCUGGUGACAGGUGCCGUUGACUGUAGCUUGAGAGGCUGGGACUUAAGGAAUGUACGACAACCAGUGUUUGAACUUCUUGGUCAUACCUAUGCUAUUAGGAGGGUGAAAUUUUCGCCGUUUCAUGCUUCUGUGCUGGCCUCUUGCUCGUAUGAUUUUACUGUAAGAUUCUGGAACUUUUCAAAGCCUGACUUUCUCCUUGAAACAGUGGAGCAUCAUACAGAGUUUACUUGUGGUUUAGACUUCAGUCUUCAGAGCCCCACUCAGGUGGCUGACUGUUCUUGGGAUGAAACAAUAAACAUCUAUGACCCUGCUUGUCUUACUGUUCCUGCUUGAGAUACACUACUCUGGUCAGAAACAGAGGAUGUUGGCUGAAGAACUGCCUAACAGCAAAUAAAUUAACUAUGGAAAACAUAGACAUUAUGCUUUUAUAUGCUAUUCAGAUUUCAAAUCUUUCCAGUUUAUCAGUUUUGAGGGAGCUGAUAAAGGCUUUGGCUCACUCAUUAAGCCUGAUACAUAAGCCAUAUUUCUUAAAAUUCUAAGAGAUAAUUAAUAUUAUGGUGUAUCUUAUAAUAUCUAUUAAAAUGUAGUCUCUGGGUCAUAAAAUGGAUUAAAAUGUGGGAUCUCAGUAGGUUAUACUUGUAUAGAUAGUGAUAUAUUUCAUUUUUAAUUUGUCAUUUUUGAUGUAAAAUACAAUCACUUUUGUGAUAAAUAAACUAUAUCUGUUGAUCAUUUAUCAUUUUA